AAACACAACCCUGAUGCAGCCCUGAAUGAAAUCGAGUUUGACACCACCACCCCUGCUUUAAAUCAACAUAACAUUACAAAAAUUGUGUCAGCGUUUCAGCCCUUCUCAACCUCUAAAAUGACAGCUUUUGGCAAGGAUCUCCGACACAAGCAGUGCAGGUAACGAUGGAAAUGGAGAUAGGGAUUGCUGGUUUUACGAUCUCUGAAUUCCUUUCUUUGCUUUUUUGACAGUUUCAACCUUGUGGCCAGCUCUCCCAUUUGAUAGGGUGAGGCAACUGCUUUAGGCAGAUGGUUUUGGCUGCCAUAAAAAGCAGCAAAAACCUCCUUUACUUCUUUUAUUUUCUCUCUCUUUUUACUGGCAGAAGGCAGGGCAUCCUUAUCAGAAUGGCUAGUAUUUUAGGCUAUGCACUCGGGGUGGAGCGGGGGAAGAGAAAGUACGCUCUCCUUGGUUUGACGCCACAAAUUAUUUCAGUUGAUGCUUUGCACGGAGCAAUUUUCUUCUUGAAUCUCUCUCUCAACUAACUCAUUCUUUUUUCUGCCAAUCAUCCUUGGUUUGUCCCCAAAGAGAAACCCUGCUGAGUCAGAGCCUAUCCACCAAAUCAUUAUAGGGUUUAAUUCUGUUCUUCUGUUUAUUCUCUUUCUCCCCUACUCCUCUUCAAGCACAGGGCCUUCUGUCAUGGAGGAAGCAGCUCCAUAGAUCCUGAGUGAUUCCAUAAGAAGGCAAAGCAAAAGGUCUUUUAGGGGUGGUGAGUCAUGCUGGGAAAGAAACGAGGACAUUGCCAAAACCAAAGCCACCCCCAUCGGCCCCCUCAAGAUGUUGCCGUCCCACAGAGGAUCGGUUCUCCUAAGACAAGUGAUAUUAGCCUGGAAGUAUUUAACGGCUCUACCCCGGAGCUUAAACACAUCCGCAGGCCCAGGCGGGAUAGAAGAGCCUACAAAACAGAUUCCAACAAUUCCCACGGAGGGGAAGGUGAGACCAACACCUUCAUCCCUAGACCUGCAGAGAGCCCUCCGCCUCCCUGCUGUCCCAGUCUUUCCCAGGUCUGGAACGCCUCCAGAGCCAUCUUCUGCUAUGUGAUCACCUGUGGGAGCUGCUUCAAGGACUGCCGAGCCAGUAUCUCCUACAACAGUGCCUUGACAGAGGAUGGGAAGAACCAGGAGUGCAACGGACAUUCAACUAACAGUCCGGCCAACAUUUCCCCCAAUGAAAAGAACGGGAGCCGGACUGAGAAGAGUAACAUGGGAAGCAGUUUCAGCUACCCUGAUGUGAAAUUCAAAGGGAUCCCAGUCCCGCUUUAUCCAAACCGGAACCCUGGCUCUGCCACAGACUCCGAUUCAUGUUACAAGGAGCCUUUGCCCGAGAGGUUCUCUCAACACACCAUUGAGAAGCAGCCUGCCCCUACCAGCCACCGAAGCUCUGAGGAACAUUAUUCCUUCCACGAGUCCGACCUUGAGUUUGGGGAGCUGAACAGCUCCAUGUCCAGUAGGGAGAUCGACGGCCUCAUCUUCAGGAAGCUCACCGAGCUUUUCAGCGUCCACCAGAUCGACGAGUUGGCCAAGUGCACCUCUGACACGGCCUUCCUGGAGAAGACCAACAAGAUCUCGGACCUCAUCAAUAGCAUCACUCAGGACUACAAUUUGGAUGAGCAGGAUGCUGAAUGUAGGCUGGUCCGGGGCAUCAUACGCAUCAGCACGCGGAAAAGCAGGGUCCGGCCCCGUGUCCCUGCCCCAAAUCUCCCAAGUUCAGGGGAGGUCACCAUCCGAGGCCACCCACUACACAGCGGCAAUGAAACUAUGCUGGCAUCUGUCCUCGCCAGUGAAGAAG